AUGGCUGAUAAUGGUAGACCAAGUUUGAAGAAAUUGUCUAAACGUGUAUUGAGAAAAACAAUUCAAAAGGGUGUACAUGAUUCUGAAGAAGAUGCUAAAGCCACAAUGGAUCUUGUUAAGAAAAAAAGAUAUGGUAGAAGCUUUAGAAUGUUCAAGAUAAGAUAUACAGGUGAAGAACCUCAAAAGAUCAAACUAGCAAAUGAUCCACAAAGGUAUCUUGCGGGGCGUUAUGCUUUGAUUGAUGGAGUUAAAAGUUUUCAAAAUAACUAUAUUAAUAAUUGGUAA